GAAGCCUCGCGCGGACCGGCUCUAGGACCCUGCGUCACAGCGCACCAGGAGCCAAUGGGCCAUCAGCCGCCGCAGCGCUGUCCCGGUGGGCACAGUGAGCACUCCUAUUUACAAUAAAUCGUCCCGGAACGUGGAACUGAAGGGGUCCCCUUCUCCGACAGUGAUGACCACCACAGCCUCGGUUUGACGCGGGCGAGGGGGGAGCGCGUGGUAACUUCAGUCCCUUAGAAAUCUCCUACAAGCCCGCUUGGCACGCGUAAAAUACGAGCCAUUCCCCAACUAGAUGGGGUGAGGGAAGACGCGUAAAAGCGCUCUGCAGUCGCAUCGAAGGCAAACUCCGAGCUGCUCGUUUCCGAGCUGCUUCUGAAGGAAGACGAGUUCGUCGUGAAAUCACUACUUUGUGUGGAUUUUUGAUUUCGCCUAAACGCGUCGGCCAAACUGGAAGAAGUUCGCACCUUGCGUCCCCGCUGACCGCCAGGACCGCGCCUGACUCUUUCCAUGUUUUUAAACAACUGAGGUCUGUCUGGAUAACAAAACGCAAUGAAUCGCAUAUCAGGACACUGACGCUGGACAGAGAGAACCCCCGGAGCCCGGCCGGCUCUGAUGCGGAGGGGUGCGCAGCCCCGCAGGCUCCACGGUUUCCCGUCCUUCAGCUGUUUUUAACUCGCUCGUGUUUCAGGUCCGUUUGAUGGCCGCACGUCCACCUCUGGCAACAUUCAGCUGCACCUUUACGCACUGUCGCUGCGCCGGGAACAGAUCCGAGUAACGGCUCUCUUUUUGUGUCGAGACAGUUGAAUGGAUUUUCAGGUCCACUUGGCUGACGCUGGGGAAUUAGAGCCACACGAUUGUCAGUUAACAGUUCGGGGCCACUGGCUCGUGUGCGUAAAUGCUCUUCACUUCCCUUGUUCCUAAGAAAUGCAUCAGCCUGACGACAUUUAAAUCGCCUCGGAGAAUAUUUUCCUGAAUCUGUUUUCUUUAUUUGAGGUUUGGAGCAGAGGCUGAGAAGAUGAACCUGUGUGUCGUCAGUCUUCUCCUCACUUUGGAUUUAGCCACCGUGGCGCUCAGCUUGUCCACAUGCAGCACGUUGGACAUGGAUCAGUUCAAGAAGAAGCGCAUCGAGGCCAUUCGAGGGCAGAUCCUGAGCAAGCUGAAGCUCACCAGUCCCCCAGAGGACUUUCCUGAGCCCGAGGAGGUGUCCCGGGACAUUGUCGCCAUUUACAACAGCACCCGGGACCUGCUGCAGGAGAAGGCGAACGAACGGGCGGCGACGUGCGAGCGGCAGCGGUCCGAGGAGGAGUAUUACGCCAAGGAGGUGCACAAGAUCGACAUGCAGCCCUUCUUCCCGUCAGAGAAUGUCAUUUCUCCUACACACUUCAACCCUUACUUCAGGCGGCUGACGUUUGAUGUGUCCUCCAUGGAGAAGAACGCCUCCAACCUGGUGAAGGCUGAGCUCAGAAUCUUCCGUCUUCAAAACCCCGGGGCCCGAGUGUCUGAGCAGCGCAUUGAGCUCUACCAGAUUUUAGGACACAAAGACCUGACAUCCCCAACACAGCGGUAUAUUGACAGCAAGGUGGUACGAACACAAAUGGAGGGAGAGUGGCUGUCCUUUGACGUGACAGAGGCAGUGAGUGAAUGGCUGAACCACAGAGACAGAAACAGUGGAUUCAAGAUCAGCCUGCACUGCCCAUGCUGCACGUUUGUUCCAUCCAAUAACUACAUUAUUCCCAACAAGAGUGAGGAGCUGGAGGCACGGUUUGCAGGUAUUGAUGACAGCUUCAUCCAUGGUGGUGACCUGAAGGUGUUUAAGAAGCGGCGGCACAGCACUCGGGCUCCACACCUUCUCCUCAUGCUGCUGCCUUCAUACCGGCUGGAGUCCCAGUCUCAGUCCCAGCACAAGAACCAUCGAUCCAAGAGAGCCCUGGACACCGCCUACUGCUCUAGAAACGUUCAGGACAACUGCUGCUUACGGUCACUCUACAUCGAUUUUAAGAAGGACCUAGGCUGGAGGUGGAUCCAUGAGCCAAGGGGCUAUGAGGCCAACUUCUGUGCUGGGGCCUGUCCAUAUCUGUGGAGCGCCGACACCCAGCAUUCCAAGGUAUUAGGCCUGUAUAACACCAUUAACCCUGAAGCAUCAGCAUCGCCCUGCUGCGUCUCCCAGGAUCUGGAGCCCCUCACUAUCCUCUACUACAUUGGCAAGACUCCCAAAAUAGAGCAGCUCUCCAAUAUGAAGGUCAAAUCCUGCAAAUGCAGCUAGAAGCCCUUACAAGCCAGCACAAACACUCUCUCUCCUUCCUUCACACAAACACACACAUACACUUGGGUGUACGUACAGUCAAACCACAACUGUACUUUCUCUUACAUGCAUUAUACUCAAAGCAGCGUCCAAACAGGCGUAGUCAGGAGUGGUGUGUUGGAGAAUAAAGGUACAGAACAAUUCAAAGCUAGUUCAAUGCAUACACAACAUACAGGACCAGUGCCGUCAUGAUAUCAGAAACUUGACUUUGAUACCAAUUAAGGCUGCCCCUGACUAAUAAUUUUCCUGGUUGACUAGUAGUCGUUAGUUCAAGCCAUUUGUCAACUAGUUGUCGAACGUUUAUUAUAUUAAAUUAAUUAUUUAAAUUUAUAUUUUUGGACCAUUAGAAAAUGGUCUGAGUUCCAUGGCUGAGAAAGAAUGUUGCAAGUAGCAUUGUUAACACUGUGCUACAUUACAGAGAAAUACAAAACCGUAAUAGUGAGCCUUUAAGAUCUACAUUUUACAAGGGCCACGAAGCGAGCCGCCUCUUGCUAACGGCAAAAGCGGUAAUGAUUUUGAAUGUGUCGGAACAACCAGCAAGGAGACUGAACAUUUAGUUAAUUUAUUUUAACACAGUAUAACAUCACACAAGUCUCGUUGUUCAAAACAUGGGAAUACACUUCACAAAAACAAAUACUCGCGGACUUAUCAAUACGACGGAUGAUGUAUAAUGUUACUUAAAAAUUAACUCGCUCCUCUGCCGCUUCACGCCUCUCCUGUCCCCGCCUGAACAUGCAGUGUCUUCAUUGUCCUAAGAGUCAGAGUCCUGCUCGGAGCCAUUAUGAAUCACCUCAGUACUGUAUUCCCUGUCGUCAAACAACUUCCAUCGGUCUCAGAGGCUGUGCUCAGUCCCAGUCCGUGUUCAGUGGGAGGCUGCUAAGUCCAGUUCCAUUGCCUGCUCGCCCGGCUCCAGUUCUUGUACUCAUUCUGCUUGGUCCCCCACCUGAAAACGUCCUCCUCCCGGCUGUCCAAAGCUCCUGUGCUAGUGUUGUAAACAAACACCAAGACUCCCCCAGUACUCCGAGCUUCCAGUCCGGGCAGAGUCAGCUAACAGGACUGCUAAGUUAGCUAACUAGCUAAUGUCAGCUAGAACAGUUAGCAGCAAUGCGCCAGUAAGUGACUUCCUGUGUUACAAGAGAAAAUGUCCGUGUUGCAACAGUCCCCUGAUACGUUCGUCUCAGUGACAAGGUGCAGCUACCGAAUGCAGUUUGGGGGGGGGGGGUUCAGCGACAAUGACUACAACUAAGACUCUUCUCAUCAACAGUUUAGUCAACUAUUAGGGGGCAGCCCUAAUACCAAUGCUAAGUACCAGAAGUGCAGUUUUGCACUGCAGAAUUUGGUUUACGUAGGUUCACACAGUCUAAUAACAAGCAGACCAGGGCUUAUGUACAAAGUGUUUUAUGAUUAACACAUAAGUCCAGGUUGCAAUUUGCCUAUAGUUUGUUGUGUAAUGCUUGACAAGCAUCAGGAGCUGUUGGCUAUCCAAUGUCAACAUGCAGCUUUUAAUACCAUUGAACCUUCUUCUCCUGGAGGCGAACCAGUGCAGUUAUCUGGUGUACCGCAAGUCUGAAUGACAUUGUUCUCAUGUGGCCAAACAAACCAAAGGCUUGCUGCCCCCAGAAUGGAAGAAUGCCCCCACAUUAAUUAUGAUCCCAUAGCAACUGAAAGCCAUGAAAUGAUGUACAUAUUUUCACAUAUAAGAGCAACUUUACAGUAUGUGUACCAAAUGGUUUUAGAUGUUAUUCACUGCUGUCUUUAAGUGAAAUAGUUUUAUAUUUGGCUCUUGGCAACAGUUUAUAAACCAGAUUAAAUGGAAUGGGAUCCAUUCAUGACUUUAUGAAUUUGUUGAUUCCAAGCACGAUGAAGCCAGUGAAGUGCCUUAGCUGCAAUACUACUAAUGGCCACAAGAUACUGGUUUAAAAUGAUGUAUGUAUGUAUUAAAAUUUAUUUUAGUAGAUCCCAACUGAUAAAUCUGACAGUGUUAGCUUAUUGCAGAUAUAUCAAUAAUAGCAUAGUCAUCAGCCAAACUUAACAAAAAAACUGCAGAACAGAUGUUUAGGGUCAUUUAGAAACAGUCCUGUAAUUAUAUAUUUACAUUCAAGUUUGUUUGUUUUUUUCAACUGUAAAAUAUCCUGCUUAGUACAUAUCUGGGUCACAAUCCUUUAAUGACCAAAUUUUUUUAACGACCAAAUAGUAAUUAGAGCAUAUCAAAUAUUCGUAAAAUAAUCUUUAGCAGUGGUAUCAAAGUCAUGCCAACAUUUGGAUUAUUGUGACCCCACUGCACAGGACACAUAUAUGCUACAUAUACAUACAAACAUACACAUACAGUGACACAGAUAUGGCUUUUCCACAGGUAUGUUGUUUUUUGCGUUUUGAAGGCCCUGUCAACAUGCAUCACCUCACACACUUGUCAUACCGAGAUACGAGAGUAAGGCAAACACUGGAAGUAUAAGUGAUAAGUGUCUAUAUGUGAAAUAAGUCCUGAAAAUAACAUAGCCCUACCCCUGACACCUACCGACACUUUACUCCCCUCUCCCCCACCUCACCCCUCUACAGCUUUCACAGUCGCACAUCCUCAUUUCUGUGUUUGUCUUUGUUUGGUAUCCUUUGUAAUUUCUAAAUCUUUCCAUUGUUUUGCUAUUUAAAAUGUUCAUGGUUAUGGUUUAGCACUCUGCAAAUUUUGACCCAGGUAGAGAAGUGGAUAGUAUCAACCUCGCACUGAUGAUAUAUAAUAUCUACUCCAUUUUGUAGUUUACAGAUGUUGGAAAAGUAUUAAUUUUGAUACAUGCAUGAAAAAGCCACCACAAGAAAAAAAAAAACAUCAGAUGGGAGUGCCUGAAAGGAUAAUUCCAGUGUAUUUUUGUAGUCAUCAUUUCUACUAAAUAUUAGAAAGCAGUAAAACCUGAAUUUCUGUGUUUGUUACAGAGUUAAGAAAACCUAAUUCAGAAUCACAAUGGCAUUUGUAAUAACACAUAAUUACUAAAGAUCGAAUCUUGGAACAUAAAGUUGCUCAAUAAUAUGUUGUACGCUUCACUCCAUAUGUCUAGAUAAGGAAGGUACAUUUUUACAAAACGAAAAUCGUUGUUUAUUUAAUAUUUAUAUUUUUAACAGCCUUUAACAAACUCCAUUUCCUAUAAGCCUGCAGGUUAAACAUCAGCAGCUCAACAGAAGAGGCCAGUCUCGUUCAGACAGGGCCAAACUGCAUAGACAUGUUUUAGACAGCUGAGAUUACACCUAAAAAGUUGGAGAGAUGACAUUAGAAGACAGCGUGGGUGGAUAUCAUGGAUAAGGUACUAACCAACAGUUACAAUGCCAUGCUAGUAAAAGUUCUUGGGAGCUCUAGUUUUUGUAUCUUAUGCUCUCAGGUACUAUUACAUUGUAUUAAGUUUAUACAGUUUUCAGACCCACUUCAACUUUGACCUAUUGUACUUACUGUAGUUGUGUGCACACAGUUUUCCUGUUCCACCUCCAAAUAAAGUGGGUUAGAUAAUCUGAAGAAAGUGUUGGUUGGUCCGCCUGAGUGUAGUGAUGUCACUGCGUUCCCAGAUCUCAGCUAUUACUUUAAUGAGUGCUAGGACUGUCUCUUUUUCAAAAAUCAAGUUUGAACAAUUCAACAUGUUCAAAGCAACCCACCUCAUCCCACAGUAUAUUGUAGAAUUGAUUUUGUUCCAUUCCUUUAUAAUGACUCUGCUGUCUCAGUCAGGAAACAAGAUGGCAAAUAGCCUCACCUUUAUCAGCGAUUUAUGCUUCCUGAAAGAUGAUUUGGAGGCGGGGUUCACCCUGGAUAGGUUGCCUGUCAAUCACAGGGCGAACACAUUGAGACAAACAACCAUUCACGCUCACAGUCCUACCUUCGAGCAAUUUAGAGUCAGCAAUUAACCUGCAUGUCUUUGGACUGUGGGAGGAAACUCACGCAGGCACUAGGAGCACAUGUAAUCUCUACACAGAAAGGCCCCAGUCAGCCGGCAGGUUCACCCGGAACCUUCUUGCUGUGAGGCGACAGUGCUAAGUACAAUGUUGUUGUAACCAAACUACGAAAAUUAGAUCCAAAUUGUAAUAAACCAGAAUCAUCCCUUUAAUUUUACGAACGUACAGAUCCUUGCUGUCGUAUCUAGAAUAACUUACAUAAAGUCAAUGAACAGAGGUGUCCAUUCUUGAUUUCAUAAGCUUAAGAAUUACAGCGGUGUCAUCCCAUGCACUCAACACAGCCACAGAUUCAGUCCACUAGCUAUGAAGAGUCUGGGUUCAGAGAAAGGAGACGCUGUCUUUUGGUAAGUGAUGAUGGAGCUAUGUUUGGAGAAACGCUGUUGGCGAUUAAUGUGAUGAAAGAUUAUAGAAGGUGUUAAUGAAGAGAAUAUAUGACCUUCAAAAAAUGCUCUUAGAGCCAAAAAUAUUACAAAAUGUAUCCAACCAUCAACAGCCACCUCUGUCGCUCUGUAGUAGUGUUUUGUAGUGUCAUCAGUGUGUUGUCUUCCUGCCAACAUAAAACUUUUAUUUCACCCACAAACUUGCAAAAGCUGUCUGUCAUCUUUUUGUUUCUUUAAUGAAAACAAAUUGCACUGAUGCUGUUUUAAUUUUACUAUUUUAAAAUACCUAGUUUUCUUAGUUAGUCAGAACCCCUCCGCCCUUAUCAAAUGAGGAGUGUUGAUGUAGGUGACCUGACCCCAGCCCCUUUGGGCAUUUAGUGCCAGUGGACUUACUGAAUAGCAGAAAAAAAGAGAGCUAGGCACCAACUUUGUCACGAUAGAGCUGUUAUUUUUUAAUGUGUAUUUGUUGUUGUUUUGAUGAUGAUGUUAUUGUGACCCACUAUGCUGUAUUGUAACACAGUAUUGUUGUGGUGCUCUAGUGGUAAAUAAAUUAUUUAAAUUUCAA